CGGCAAGGUUGCCACACAGUUUUCUCAGCUGGUUUGAGCAGAACUCUUUAUCCAGUAUUCACUCUGUGUUGAACUUAUUCAGGAGACCUUUCAAAAAAAUCGUUACAAAGACUAUCGCUUUGAUCUGUUUGCAUUUUCUAGUGGAAAUCUAGACUUCUAGACUUGACAGUUAUCAAUGGCUUCAAUUAAAAAAUGUCCACACUGUUCGAAAACUUUCAAAGACAAAUCUGGUUUGAACUGUCAUCUGAUCACUCAUGAUGCAGACGCCGCAGUUAAGUGCGAAGUUUGCAGGAAACCUUAUAAAAAUCGUCUCGUCCUGAAUGUCCAUUUUAGGAUGCAGCACGGACCUUAUAAAAAAAUUUAUCGCUGCAAAAUUUGUCAUAAAGAAUUCAGCACUUCCCAAAGUAUCAAAAAACAUAUGGCUGCUAUGCACAGCACGAAACCUCGACCACGGCUGCCAUGCACGUUUUCCGGCUGUGAUAAAUCAUUUUUGAACAAGGACGACGUCACGCAGCAUUUUAAGAUGAAUCAUACCGAGAAUCCUCGCCGAUUUCGGUGUACCCUUUGCGACAAAAAAUUUAAAUAUCCCAGAGAUUUAAAUGAACAUCUUAUGUACCACACGAAGGAGAAGGCGUACAAGUGCGCCACCUGUGGGAAGGGUUUUCCGAAGAAGAGUAAGUUGGCUAGGCAUGAGCUAACCCACUUGGAAAGAUCAUCCCGAAAACUGCACAAAUGUCCGCUAUGCCAGAAAGAAUUUUCCUUAGUAGAAAAUUUACGAGCCCACACGAAAAAUAUUCACAACACGGCGACGGAACGACCCCGAUUUCCAUGCACGUCAGGCACGUGCGAUAGAACAUUUUUGACCAAGGGUACUCUUGCGAAGCACUUUGAAGUGGAGCAUUCCGAAAAUCCGGUCCGAUUUCCGUGCACCUAUUGCGAAAAAGAAUUUAAAACAUGGCCAGAAUUGGACCUUCAUAUUCUUACCCACACGAAAGAGAAGCCUUACAAGUGUGCCACGUGUAAGAAAAGCUUCGCUCAGAAGAAUAAGUUGCAUAGACACCAGGAAACCCAUCGAGAGAUAUCGUCGCGAAAAUUCUUCCAGUGUGAAUCAUGUCCACGCCAAUUUCUAAGCAUGCGUGGGAGAAGGUUGCAUUCUGAACGUGAUCACGAGCGUCGUCCCGCCAUCCCCGCCAAAAAGGUGAACAAGAAGGUCCGUCAUUCAUGCGACAGGUGCGCGUACAAAAGCCACAUCAAGGCCCAAUUGACGGUGCACUUCAAGCGGGUGCACGGCGGAGUGAGGAAAAAUGAGUGUUAUUUCUGUGGGAAAAAAUUCUUCUCUUUUAGUGAACUGGUUCGACAUUGUGGCAAAGUGCACACUAUGGAAAAAUAAGUUCAGAUGUGUUGCUUAAUAAGUAGAGGGCGGUUAUGUAUGUAAGUAAAUUCCGAAAAAUAUGUAUGUAAUAUGGGCUUAAAAAACCUGAAAAUAUGGAUAUAAAAAAUGUUUUUCAACUUAAAUUUUCUACUAUAUUUAUGAAAAUAUAAUUUUGA